UAGAAAGCUGAAACAUCCAUUUUCCACAGACGGCGUAGGACUUUCGUCGAGCACUCAACGCUGCAUCUCCCUUGGAAGUUGAGAGCUUUUGCAACAAUGGCGGAACCAUUAAGAGGCGGCGGCCACGAUCUGGAGCAGAGCUUGAAGCCCUUCUUUCAAAGAGCCUCCGAGGCCGAGGAUCGUUUGUCGAGACUAGAAGCCACACUUUUGAGCAAGAAAGAUACCUGGGACGAGGAACAUCUUAAAACGAUUGCCGAACUUCAGUCAAAGCUAGACAGUGCAAAUGAAGCGCUAAUCGCUGAACGAAAAAAGGCUGAGAUUGUUGCUGCAGAAAAUGCAAAGCUCCAGUAUCGCAUAAUCCACCUUGUGAGGACAGCCAGAGAAGCCCAUCAAAAGUUGGAGCAAAUAUGACAGUUUCUUCCAUUUGAAAGAGAGAAUUGAAUGGAAGGUAUUUUUUUCUUUUAAAUUUUCCUUGCAAUCUAGAAAGAAACAUCGUUUUUAGUACAACAUGUGGAGGUGAGGUAGGGAUCGAAACCUCUUAGUUGGAAAUAGAUACCAAUUACGGUUGAACUAUACUCAAACUAGAAAGAAACAUCUGGAAGGGAAUUGUUGAGAUAGUAAAUUGAAGAAUUUGAAUGGAAUUUUUGAGAUCGGCCAAUUGGGAAAUGAAACAUUAUUGCCUUCGAGAGAAUAGAGCGUUUGCGGAAAAAAAAAGGCACCGUUAGUUCCAUUGCAGACAGAGAACAAAUUCUACCUGUUGAUGCCUUCUUCAGAUUUUCGAUCUGUAAAUUUAGAUAUUCGUCAAGCAAUUUGUAGUUUCUUGGAGGAAGGCUUUACAUUCGUUAUAAAAUGGGAAAUGAAAUAUUGUUGUA